CAAAUUGCAACGCCUACCUGGUUACAUUAAUUUUUUAUGCGCCCAUGAAUAUACAUAAGUAAUAAGUUGGGGCAUAAGUGAUUGUCCAAAGGGGGGGAUAACAGCCCACCCCCACAAGCUCGUACAAGCCAAUUCUUCCUGUGCCAGUAAUGCCUCAUGGACAACCCAAGCCCUCCACGGCCUUCCAUGCUGCCCUAAGGACUGUCGACAACCUUUUGGAAGAUGCAUCUCUUACAGCCCAGGCUAUCAAUCGUUCCUGGGGUCCUUUGCCAAAGACGACGGAGGACUUCAACGAGGCCGAACCUACAUCGACCAUAGCCAGCGGUAUUGAGGCUGUUCGUGCGCAGAUCAAACGAGGACUACCCAUCGAAGGCGAUCCUAUAGAAAUCGCCGGAACCGUGUUGGAUGUUGCCAAGGCAGGUUCCCCAUUUGCGACUGAGGGGCUCGAUGAUCGCAAGUUCGCGCUCGAAUACAUUCUCUCUUUUCUCUCUCGCGCGGAACCACGAAUCACAGCGCCAGUUGAACAUCUCGCCAUUCGAACUCUCUACUAUGACCUUUCUCAUCCACCUGCCACGAACAUGGGCCAAAAGUAUCAGUUCCGUUCUGCGGAUGGGUCAGGUAAUAGUGCCUACGACCCAGAUAUGGGUAAAGCCUUCUCGCCGUAUUCUAGGAGUUGCACUGGCUCGCGGCCGUUACCAGACUCGGAGUUACCUGAUCCUGGUUUGGUAUUUGAUGCAAUUAUCAAAAGGGAUCCUAAGUUUACUGCACAUCCUGCUGGGUAUAGUGGGCUAUUUUUCAAUUUUGCGACGUUUGUCAUUCACAGCGUAUUCCGGACGAGUCGAACGGAUUUUAAUAUCAACGAGACGUCGUCUUACGUUGACCUGGGCAUUCUGUAUGGGAACACGCAGGCCCAUCAGGAUAAGAUUCGUUACGUAGACGGUCGUGGAAGGAUCCUUCCUGAUGUUUAUGCUGAAUUCCGCCUCAUCAACUUGCCUCCUGCUGUGAACGCGCUUAUCAUCAUGUUUAGCCGCAACCACAACUAUAUUGCCGAUAUGUUGCUUCGUAUCAACGAGCGUGGAACGUGGACCCAGGAUAUCCAGAGCCUGGACAAGGAAUUGCUUGUCAAACAAGACUAUGAGAUUUUCAAUACUGCACGCCUCAUCAACUCUGCGACUUUCGCGUUUGUCAUCCUCGGAGAUUACCUCGCUGCUAUUCUGGGCACUCUACGAGAUGGAUCCAGCUGGACGUUGAAUAUCAGCGGUGAGAGGAGGGAGAGCGAUCAUCAACUCCUGGAAAGAGGACGAGGGAAUUCUUGUUCGGUGGAAUUUAAUACGCUUUAUCGUUGGCAUCCUGGUUUAAGUGCCGAGGAUGCGGAGUAUAAUGAGCAAGUGUUCCAGUACUUGUUCGCCAAGGAACCUGGUGUGCCUGUUGACUUUGACAAGAUUACUCCCGCGGAUUUCGAGAACGUUCUUGGCAAGAAAGCCGUGGCUGCUACGUACAGCCGCCUACGAGAUAAGGACGGCAAGCCUGCUCCAUUACCCGAUUUCGAUCACCUUACGCCCCGACAAGUCGAGUCUCUCAUCGACGAUAGCAAACCUGUGGACUACCUUCUCGACCAGUGGUCUUUCAAAGGUUUUUCGCUCCCAGGAUCCAAGGCCUUCGAUAGGAAUCCAAGAGAUCCGAAGACGAAAAAGUACAAGGAUGAUUUGCUGGCGAAUGCGUUGUUGAGCGCUACCUCAGUCCCUGCUCAUGCAUUCGGAGCUAGAGGCGUGCCUGGUGCCUUGCGAGUCAUCGAGAUUCUGGGCAUUCAACAGGCUCGAUCGUGGGGAACUUGUUCCCUUAACGAGUUCCGAAGGUUCUUAGGCCUGAAGGCCUAUUCAACGUUCGAAGAUUGGAAUCCAGAUAAGGAAGUAGCCGAGGCUGCUCGUAAGCUUUAUAGGACGACGGAAAAUUUGGAGUUGUAUGUUGGCCUUGUAGCGGAGGAAGCCAAGCCUAUCAGGGAUGGCUCGGGGUUAUGUCCUUCAUACACCGUCUCCAGAGCGAUCCUAGCGGACGCUGUCGCUUUGGUUCGUGGUGAUCGUUAUUUGACGUUUGAUUUGACACCUUUCAACUUGACAACGUGGGGUUUUGCCGAGGCUAAUCGGAAUAUCACCAAUGCUGCUUGGGGUGGUGUUCUUGGUCGACUUUUAGCCCGUGGUCUUCCUCAACAUUACGAUGCCACUUCGGUGUACACUCACUUCCCUCUCAUCACGCCCAAGGGACAACCGUUUUCGAUGGAUACCAUUCUCGCCAAAUUGGGACAAGCGAAGGAAUUUACGUUCGAUAAGCCCAUCAAGAAAGGUGUUCUUCGCGUCGUCGUGGAUCCUCACCAUAUCGAGAUGGCUUUAGGGGGCCCGCCUAUGGCUAUCCAGGGUCUUGUGACCCAGUACGUGAAGAACGUGAGAGACAUAGGUCUGACUCCUAGCUUCCUUACCGUUAUCGACGAUGUCGCAGCCUAUGCGCGUGUUACGGCUUUGGUGCAAGAUCACUUCGUUCCCGCUUCUGAACUAGGGAAGAAUGGAAAGUGGUUCUACGAGAAGGCGCGUCAGUUGAUCAAAGAAAAUUCGUAUACGGUGUAUGCCAAGGCUCCGAAGAGCGUGGAUGUUGUGAAGGACGUGCUUAGGAUCAUCCCUGUGCAUUGGGCUGCUCAAGUUGCCGGACUCCCCGUCAAGACAGCGCAAGAGACGAGAGGGAUUUACUAUGAACAGCAAAUAUAUCAGAUGCUGAAGGAAAUCUAUUCGUACAUCUUCUUGGAACCCGAACCAUCUUUGAAGAUUCCUAACCAAAGGGAAGCUCGCGAGAACGUUGAUCGCCUGCGUCGAUUUGUGAAACUUAGCCUGACGGAGGCGAAGGGCGGUUUGUCUUCCUCGGUUUUGGGUGGCUUGGCGAGCAUAGUCCUUGGCGAAGGCAACCAGAGCGCCAACCCUAUCCUCAAGCGACUCCUCGCUCUUGGAUCACCAACGGAUGAACUUGCGAAUGACAUUAUUGCCGUCAUUUCGAGCGCCAUCGAGUUAUCUCAAGUCUUCACUCACGUCAUAAACUUCUACCUGCCUCAACGUCAGGAGGUGAAUGCAUGGAAGCCUUCUGCUACGGAACGCACUACUACGUCCCGAGGUGAAGGGGUUGCCAGUAACAUCGCUGCUGUAGCGGCAAGAGGUGGAGAUGAGAUGUCGUUGCGUACCCUUGAAGGGUAUGUUCUAGAGGCACUGCGCUUCGACCCCGUUACACCAGGUGUCUACCGUGUUGUAACCACCGAUAUCCCACACAUGAUGGCAAUGGUCCCCGGUGUGAAAGGCGACAGAUUCUACUUUGAUUUCACCAAGGCGGCUGUCGAUCCUAAAGCCUUUGACGAUGCUCAUCAAAUCAAUCCCCAUCGCAACCCGGCCUCCUACGUCAUCUACGAGGGCGAUGGUGUGUUUAAGACCCUUGGCCAGAAGUUUGUUGUAAGGGUUACUGCUGAGGUGCUUAGAGCCGUCUUCGAGCUCAGGAACGUACAAAGGACUCCAGGGAAGGGUGGAAUACUGAGAAGAUUCAAAGAGCCCGUUGUCACUGUGGACGAUAUCGUCACCGCUGAAACGACUCAGGUGCCCUUCAAGGAAGUGGAUUCAAAAGGAGUGCUCGUCGAUACCCAGUGGACGGAAGAGGUCAACGUUUACAAGUUGCAUUCUGGUAUUUCCAGGGAAGAAGGCAAGAUCCCGGCUGAACGGUGGGCUUAUUUGGAUCCGGAAAUUGGACAUCAUCCUUCUACCUGGGCGACAGGAUUGACUAUUGAGUAUCAUAACGACCUCGCUUCGAGGGGAUGAGUAGCA